AUGAUGGACUGGAAGCAAACCUGCAGUCAGGGGAUAUGUGUCUGUCCCUAUUCAGAUGGACACUUGUAUAAGGAAAAAAAGCUGUUGAGAACAGAGAAAAAAUCAUCAAAACGAGCAAAAGCAGAGGAGUGCAAUGAUCAAGAAAAUAAAAGAACAAGAAAGGAAAUAUUAGAGAAGAAAGCGAGGGACAACUCGAGAACAGAAACGCUCUUGCAUGCCCAGGACUACAUUUUAAAGCAUGUGAGGAAUUUUGAUAUUAAUACCUCACCUUGUAACCAAGCUACUCCUCCCACCUUGAAACCACCUUCCAUCUCAUAUUCACCUACAUCUACUGCACAAACUAACAUUGCUCCUCCCUCAACUAACUCUCCACUUAUCAGUAUUACUAUUCCUUCUUACCCACCUGCAACUAGUAUUACUUCACCUUCCUUUCCACCUGCAACUCCACCUUCCUUCUCAACUGCAACUAGUGCGACUCCACCUUCCUUUCUACCUGCAACUCCACCUUCCUUAUCACCUGCAACUAGUAUUACUCCAAUUUCCCUUCCACCUGCAACUAGUGCAACUCCAUCUUCCUUUUCACCUGCAACUCCACCUUCCUUCCCAUUUGUAGCUAAUUCAACUUCUCAACCAGAAACUUUUAUUGUACAACCUCUUUCUUCUUCGUUAUCCAUAGACCAACCUGUAGAUCAGUCGCCUGCUCCCAUUUCCUGUUCAUUUACAGCAUCCUAA